UAUAUAUCCUUUCAUUUCACUCACUCUUUUAACAAAACUGAAGAGAAGAAGCAGAGGCCAUGCUUUCUUCUUCUUCACUUGGACUUCCAUGGCACACUUGCUUAUCAUCCCGACCGUCCACCGCCACCGCGAGACACCCUUUUAAUCAUAUUUCAUGUUCAUCAUCACCGCCACCAUUGAUAUCACCCAAAAGAAGUUGGUUUGCAAAGUCUCUUAUUCCUAUAGCUGCCUCAAUGACUCUUCUUGUCUCCUCAUAUCCUGCGCAUGCUGGAAUUCUUUCGGGCUUCCCUGGAAUAGAAUCCAUCCCUGGCCCAGAACUACCUAAGAUUGAUUCUCUCACACGUUUCAACGAAGAAAAUCAGAAAAGGUACGCAGAGAAUGAUGCAAGAUUCAAAGAGUCUCCGUUGCUUAAGGAGUUGCUUGAGCGAUCCAGGUUAAACAAAGAAAAGAAUAAACAAGCUAUUCAAGACAAGUAUUGCAUACGGGGGGCAGAAUGGGGAGUUGGAGAUUGCUCGGCUGAAGGGAUGACACCACAAGAAAGGGAUGACUUCAUCGCAAUGUUGAAAAAGAAGGCUGGAGUAGAAUGAUAACGAUAGCAUGCCAAUGUGGUUGUACUUUUUGUAGAUUGAGUAGCAUUUCAAAAUGUGAUGUAAAAAGAUGUUGACCAAAGAUGAACGUUUUACAUUCCCAGAUCGGGUUUAACAAAAAGGGAAAAGCAAUCAUUUUUCCAA